AUGAACGAUGCUUCAGCAUCAAUAAAAAUGACCCACCAGCGAAUUGAAUUCUAUCGACAUAUUCAAUUCAACCUUGAAGCAAUUCAUCGAGAUAUGUUCGUGGAACAGGUACAUAUUGCAGCGAUUGCUUAUUUAUGUUUACAAAUUCCACGUUGGUAUGCCUUAGGCGUCUUAACUGGUCUUUGUUCAUUAAUUCCUAUUCUUGGAACGGCAAUUGUGUGGAUUCCAAUAACAGUUGGACUUUUUAUCCAACAAGCUCAUAUUAAAGCAGUAAUAAUGAUUGUUGUUGGAGUUUUGGCAAUUGGUUCAAUUGAUAAUUUACUUCGGCCAGUGUUUUCCAAAUUGGGUUCACUACAAAUGUCAACGUUAUUAUUGUUGUUAACAAUUUUCGGUGGAUUAGAAUUAUUAGGACCAUGGGGAGCAUUACUUGGUCCAUUGAUUGUUCGGUUAGCAACAGAAGGGGUGAUUUUGGUUCGUGAAGAUGAAGAUGAACAAACAAACACGACAUCAACACACAUGUAA